AUGCAGGCCAUUCCCAGAACCGCCGCGCGCUCUGCGGCGCUGCGCAACGCUGCCCGCCGUGGCUACAGCUCGGCCAGCUCGCCCUACGCCAAGACCAUCGAGAACCUGCGCAUUAACGGCGAGACCAAGGUUAUCUUCCAAGGCUUCACUGGAAAGCAGGGAACUUUCCACGCCCAGCAAGCCAUUGAGUACGGAACCAAGGUUGUUGGCGGAACAAACCCCAAGAAGGCUGGCCAGACACAUCUCGACCUGCCCGUCUUCAAGAACGUCUCCGACGCCGUCAAGGAGACUGGAGCCACCGCCACUGCGCUUUUCGUCCCCCCCCCUCUGGCCGCCGCCGGUAUCGAAGAGGCUCUCCAGGCUGAGAUCCCCCUCGCCGUCUGCAUCACCGAGGGAAUUCCUCAACAUGGUCAGAGCUUAGCCCCACCAUAG